GAAUAUUUUAUGGCAAUGAAGAAGUCUGUAAUUGCCUACGUUCUCCAGGAUUCCCUCCCAGAAUCCCUUGCUGAUGAACAAUCGCAAUGGGCAUCAAAAUCCUCACGAAUUGUGACAAAUUGUAAACAUCAUUUCACCGAAAAUCGCACCAAACUCAUGAAAUCCCUUUUCACCGUGAAUCCGUGCAUGUCUCAAAUGCUCGAGCUUUGGUACACAAACUUUCAGAAGCUCUCCUUUGUUGACCUGGUUAAACUGAUGGGACACGAGAAACCCUAUGAUUUACUUGAGUUCACUGCUACAGUUUUGAGGCAAAUUGAUGAAACAAAGAAUAUCCUCAAGACAGACUGGUAUAGUCAGAUAAAAGGCAUCAUUAUGCGAGGAGUUAAGAGGAAUAUUGUGCCCAAAUUUGAAAAGAAACGUCUCACGAAGAAGUUUUUCAAUGCUGUUGCUACAAUAAUGGAGCAAAAUUUGCAGGAUGUCUGCGUGAAUAGUCUCAACAUUUACUGCCACUACAUCUGCGAUCUCAAUGUGUCAAACAAGAGAUUUAAUCUAACCAUCUUGCUGGAGGAAGAGGACACUCUUGUCUUCAAUCCGAGUUUUUUUAAGAUCGAAGCUGAAAUUCUUCGUGUGAUUGACUACAUCAUUAAGACAGUGAAGGCUUUCCCCCGAAUUGAGAGUCUCUUCAAUCUUCCGGACUUCUCUUCGAAUCCCUGCUUGCAGCCAAUCAUCUCCGACACUGCUGUGGCAGACUGUCGAAAUAAAAUCCUUCGCGUACUCGAGGAUCAACGGAUAGGACCUGAAUUGCGUAUGCAGGACUUUGAUGACUACAUAACGCUAAUGAAUGGUGCAGCUGCGGAGGAAAUUGAAAAGUUCAUUAGUCGAAAGCCCAAAUUUGAAGAAUACUGCGAACAAAUUCUUCACUACAAAGAAAUCGAAGGAUCAAUCACACGAAAUAUUUCUGGAGUCAUUAUCCUUGGCCUGUAUGAAUUCCAUCGUGGAGGCUUGAUUGAAACUCUUGAGCGUCUUGCGAGAUUUAUGCAAAAUGAACUAAUUACAAAUCUCACGGCACAGCAGCAAACGGAAAUUUCGAAUUUUGCAAAGGAAUACGAAAGUAUCUCAGUGAAAGCUAAAAAGAUACCAAAGGAUACGCGUGAGCUGAUGGAACUGAAGAAGUACGUGCAAGAGACGGAGGAGAAUAAAAUUCCCGAAAUGGAACAAAAAUUGCGGCAGAAUAUGAAGGAACUCCUCUGGCUGUUUGAUCACACCAUCUUCACACCGCUUGAGAUCAAACAGAACAGCUUAACCUUCCAAUGGUACCUCAAAAUGCCGAGUGUCUUCAAGGAGCACAAGCAGAUCAUCGCUGAGAAGACACUCGAAUACCAAGAGAGCCUCCGAAGGAGGAUUGAGACAUUCAGAAGGGAUUUGGAAGUUUACUGGGAGCAAGUUCAGGACUACGAGAACUGGGGAGACAUCAAACACUUGGCAAAGUACAAGAGGAAGGCAACACUACUGGACAAUAAACUAAUAAGUGCUCAAGAAAAGAUCAAUCAGAUUAAUGAAGAAGAGAGAUCAUACACGUGGGAGGAAUCGGAGUUUCCACUACGCAAUGCGACUUAUGAAAAGUUAGUUCCACACAAGAACCUCUUCGAUGCUGGACAAGACUUUAUGGAUAAGUAUGAAGUUUGGAUGCAUACACAAGUUGGCACAUUUGAGCCAUCAGACAUUGAUAACGACGUAGCGGCAAUCUACAAAACGAUCCUCACGCUUGAGAAGCUCUUCGUAGACAGCCCUAAUACCCAGAAAUUAACGCUAGAUAUUAAGGAGGUUGUCGAUGAGUUCAAAACUCACAUGCCGAUCGUAAGAACUCUAGGCAAUUCAGGAAUGAAGGAGCGCCAUUGGGAGCAAGUAUCCGAAAUCAUUGGCUUCCCUAUUAAAAUAUCUCCUGACCUUACUCUUGAACGAAUCAUUGAGUAUGGCCUCGAUGAUUACAUCUCAAAAUUCCAAAUUAUCUCCGAAAGUGCAACAAAGGAGAAUAAUCUCGAGAAGGCAAUGACGAAAAUGGUUGAUGAAUGGACAGAUAUGGCCUUUACAAUUAAUCCCUACCGCGAUUCAGGAACCUUUAUCCUUUCUGCAAUUGACGACAUUCAAGUUCUUCUCGAUGAUCACAUUAUAAAGACACAAUCAAUGAAAAAUUCUCCAUACAUUAAACCUUUUGCAAAGGAAAUCCUAGCUUGGGAAACUACGUUAGUUCUCCUGCAAGACAUUCUCGAUAGUUGGCUCAAAGUUCAGAGCAAUUGGAUGUACUUGGAACCAAUAUUCUCAAGUCCUGACAUCCAGCAACAUAUGCCAGAGGAAGGUAGAAGGUUCAGUGCUGUGGAUAAAAUCUGGAAGGACCUCAUGAAGCAGGUAGCAAUUGAUACGAAGGUAAUGGCAGUGGUGGAGAUUGAAAAAAUGGCAGACAGGCUAAAGAAAGCCUUUAAUCUUCUGGAAGUCAUCCAGAAAGGACUCAAUGCGUACCUCGAGAAGAAGAGACUCCAUUUCUCGCGCUUUUUCUUCCUUUCCAACGAGGAAUUGUUGGAGAUUUUGUCAGAAACAAAAGAUCCCACAAUGGUGCAGAAUCAUUUGAAGAAAUGCUUCGAGGGUAUUGCUUCGUUGACUUUCACCGAAGAGCUGGAUGUGACAAAGAUGAACUCUCAUCAUGGGGAAGAGAUUGACCUGGUUGAAGUGAUCUCAACCACCAAAUCUCGUGGUCAAAUUGAGAAAUGGCUUACAGAAUUGGAGGAUGUGAUGAAGAAAACCGUCCUGAAGUCCCUUCAGAGUGCCUACUCAGAUCACAAGAGAUCCAACAGAGAAUCCUGGUUGUUUAAGUGGCCAGAACAGGCAGUACUCAAUGUUACCCGAAUCUUCUGGACUCACACCAUCGAGAAGAAUCUGGGAAAGGAUUUAACCCCACUCCAGGAUAAAUGGGAAGAAAACGUUGAGAAGGCAUCCCAAGCACUGACGGAAGCUUCUACAGAAAGGCACAGACUCACCCUAACUUCAAUGAUCAUAUCCGAAAUUCACUGCAGGGAUAUUAUUAAACAUCUCCAGAGAAACAAAGUAUCCAAUCCCAUGGAUUUCGAUUGGAUCUCCCAAAUGAGGUACUACUGGACUCAGGAUCUACAUCUCAAAACUCUGGACACAUCCCUGAGCUAUGCUCACGAAUACCUUGGCAACACCACAAGACUUGUAAUGACUCCGCAGACAGACAGAUGCUGGAGAUCAACUUUUGUAGCUCUUCAGUACAAUUUCGGAUGCAGCUUCGAAGGAUCAACAUCCAUGGGAAAGACUGAAACAGUCAAGGAUCUGGCAAAAGCUAUUGGAAAGCAAUGCAUCGUCUUCUACUGCUCGAGAUCUCUUGACUUUGUUACUUUUGGGAAAUUUUUCAAAGGACUAGCCAGCUGUGGCGCCUGGUGCUGCUUCAAGGACUUCAAUAGUGUCACCCCGAAGAUAAUAUCCGUUGUCUCCCAGCAAAUUCUCACUCUUCAGCGAAGUAUUGCUGCCAAAUCCGCAACAGUGACCUUCGAUGGGACUCAAUUGAAACUCAAUCCCACUUGUGCCAUCUUCAGCACUAUUAUCCGCAAUAAUCGAGGAUAUUCUGAACUUCCAGAUUCCAUGAAAGUUCUUUUCAGGCCAAUUGCAUUCACCGCGCCACACAGUAAGAUGAUUAUUGAAGUUGAACUCUUUGCAGGGGGAUUCCGAAAUGGAAAGUCCCUGACUACAAAGAUAAUGAAGCUCUUUGAAUUUUGUCGAGAACUCCUGAGAGAUGGUUCUCUCUAUGAUUUCAGUUUACGAACCACAAAGACAAUCCUAAAUCUUGCCAAAGACAUUAGGAAAGUAUCAGAAGAUAAAUCAAAUGAGGAGAGAAUGUUCCAGGAGGCAAUAAGAACAGUUUGCCUUCCAAAAUUCACCGACACUGAUUUCCAAAUCUUCGAGGAAAUUCUUGGAGAUCUCUUCCCGGGUCAACCCAAAGAAGCAACGCUCUCAGCAGCUGAUGAGAAAAUGAAGUCUAUUCUGCAGAAGGUCUUUGAGAGAAAUAACAAGAUCUUAACGGAUUAUUCUGCAGAAAAAUGUCUCCAGAUGCUGAAGAUGCUUGAAAUGGCACCAGGAAUUCUCAUCACAGGAGGUCCAUUUGGUGGGAAAACUACUAAAUAUCGUAUGCUGGCUGAAGCAUUGAGAACUUCCGACGACGGAGAAAUUGUCGAGGACAGGCUGACCUAUGUGGUGAUCAAUCCCAUGGCAAUCACCCUUGAGAAACUCUACGGAACCUUCGAUGUUCAGACAUUUGAGUGGUCUGAUGGGAUUUUUUCGCACUUCUACAGGAAGUUCGCCGGGUCCCGUAGAGAGGGUAAGAAAUGGAUCGUCUUUGAUGGUCCAAUUGAUACAGCCUGGAUGGAUAACCUGAACACUGUCCUCGAUGACAAUAGGAAACUCUGCCUAGCUUCUGGUGAAAUUAUUCACUUCCGUCCCAACAUGAGACUGAUAUUUGAGACUGAGGACUUGAGGGCAGCUUCUCCAGCAACAAUAUCUCGCUGCGGGAUUGUCUACUUAGAACCAGAGAAGGUUGGAUGGAUGCCUCUUCUGCAAUCUUGGGAGAAUACCCUUCCCGAAGCCUUUACACAAGUCCAGAAGAAUGAUAUUCGUGAUCUCUACAUGAGAUUCUGUCCCCUCCUUCUCUGGUUCAUUCGUCAACCAGGAGUCUAUGAAAUGAUCCUCACUCAGGAUGCAAAUAUUGUUGUAUCCAUUACCAAUCUCUUUGAUUGCUUCCUCAAAGACUACGAAGAUAAGAAGCACGUGGCAGCCCUAUCGGACAUUGAUAUUCGUGCACAGCUGGAGGGAAUUUUCUUCUUUUCCUGUGUCUGGGCAAUUGGAGGGCCACUCGAUGGAGCUAGUCGUGGGAAAUUUUCCAUUCUCUUUCGUGGCUUACUUGAGAAGAAAUUUCCUGCAGAUCUCUAUGAAACAUUCAGCAUUCCUGAUCAUCUACGAGUUCCUGACCUUGCAAGAGCGUACAUUUUCCCCAUCCCUAAGGCUGAAAGUGUCUUUGACUACAGAUACAUCAAAGAGGGGAAAGGGAAAUGGAAGUUGUGGUCAGAUGAGAUCGCUUUAGCACCACCUAUUCCUCGGGAUAUGCCUGUAAAUCAAAUAAUCAUCAGUACAGCCGAAACGAUCCGAAUUUGGGCACUCCUGGAUCUUCUUGCAAAUAACUCGAAGCAAAUCCUUCUAGUUGGUCAUACAGCUACAGGCAAGAGUGUUUACACAGUUGAAUUUCUCACCAAGAAACUCAAUGUAGGUCUUUUCAAGCAUCAAUAUCUUUGCUUCUCGGAUCUCACAACAGCAACGCAAACGCAGGAGAUUAUCAUGUCGAAGCUGGACAAGCGAAGGAAGGGAGUUUUUGGGCCACCCCUUGGAAAGAACUGCAUCAUCUUCAUUGAUGACCUGUCGAUGCCCAUUAAGGAGUCAUCAGGUGCUCAGCCACCAAUUGAACUGCUGAGAAUGUGGAUGGAUCAUCGCAUGUGGUACGAUCAGGCGGAAAAUGUUCCCAUUAAACUCAUUGAUAUCCAGCUUCUCUGUGCUAUGGGAUCUAGAGGAGUAGGGAAUCCAAUCACACCGAGAUUCACAAGACACUUCAAUACGAUCAGCAUUGAUAACUUUGUGGACGACACCCUUAAAGCGAUCUUCAGCAAAAUAGUCCUGUGGCACUUGGAUACAAGAGGAUUCUCCAAAGAAUUUGAUCCUUGCAUCGAAGAAAUAGUUCUGUCAACGUUGGAGAUCUACAACAAGGUCAAAGCUCAUCUCCUGCCCACACCUAAACGUCCCCAUUACAUCUUCAAUCUUCGAGAUUUUGCCAGAGUCGUCCAAGGAGUGCUCCUAUCCGUUCCAGAAGCAAUCGAGGAUCUCAGUGGCAUGCGAAGACUCUGGUUUCACGAAGUUCUACGAAUCUAUGGGGAUCGUCUUGUGGAUUUGGAAGACAGGAAAUGGCUAUUUGAUAAUCUCAGCCAAGUUGCAGAGACUUGCAUGAAAACAACAGCAAUGGAACUUUUACAGAGAUUCUGUGAAUUUGGUGAGCAGCUCUGUGAGAGCGAUAUGCGGAAGCUCAUCUAUUGCGACUUUACAAAUCCCAAAGCAGACACAAAGAACUACAUUGAGGUCCAGGAUAUUGAUGAAUUGACCAACGUUGUGGAGGCUUAUCAAGUUGAAUUUAAUAACAUGUCGAAGAAGCCAAUGGAUUUGAUCCUGUUUCGCUUUGCCAUUGAGCAUUUGUCGAGGAUCUGUCGUAUCCUCAAGCAACCCCGUAGUCAUGCCCUCCUGAUUGGAGUAGAUGGAUCAGGACGUCAAAGUCUAUCGCGUCUUGCUUCACACAUUGUUGACUACGAGCUCUUUCAGGUAGAGAUCACGAAGAAGUACAACAAGGACGAAUGGAGGAAUGAUAUUAAAAAUAUCCUCAAAAGGAUCUCAACAAAUGAACUCCAUGGAGUAUUCCUUGUUACCGACAAACAAAUCAAGGAGGAGUCCUUCCUCGAAGAGAUCAAUAAUCUUCUGAUCUGCGGCGAAGUUCCCAACAUUUUCUCCGUGGACGACAAGGAAGAACUAAUUGAGAGGAUGCGUCAGAUUGAUAGUCAGAAAGAGAAGAGUCUCCAAACAGACGGAACUCCCGUUGCACUUUUCAACUACUUUGUCCGUGUGGUGAGGGAACAACUCCACAUUGUUCUCUGUAUGUCUCCCGAGGGACCAAGUCUUCGUACAAGAAUCCGGAAAUUCCCUUCAGUAGUCAAUUGUUGCACAGUAAACUGGUUUCAGGAGUGGCCUGAAGAUGCUCUUGUAUCCGUUGCAACCAGAUACCUUACUUCAAUCAUACAAGACGUUGAUGUACGCCAGAACUACAUGGACACAUUCAUUUUCUUCCACACAAGUACUAAAACUGUCUCAAAGGAACUUCUUUUGCGUCUUCAACAGAGGAACUACAUCACCCCAAUUAUCUACAUCGAACUCAUACAGAAUUUCAAAUCUAUGCUUCAGCAAAAGACAAGUUUCCUCACACAGAAAAGAGGAAAAUACCUUGCAGGGAUAGAUCAGCUAACAAAUGCUGCGCAACAGAUAAAGAUCAUACAGAAUCAACUUGAGGUGUUGGAGCCUAAAUUGAAGACAACAUCGGAUAUUGUAGCUGAGCAGGGAAUUAAAGUUCAGGCGGAAUUUGAGAGGCUAGUCAUUCAGAAGGAACACAUAAAACGCGAUGAGGCAAUCACAGCAGAAAAGGCCAAUGCUGUAACUAAAAUAAAGGAAGAAAUUAGCUCAAGGCUAGGAGAAGUCUUGCCUGAUGUUGAGGCAGCAACAGAUUCCUUGACUACACUUACACCUGCUGAUAUUCUCAUUGUUAAAUCCAUGAAAAAUCCUCCGGCAGCUGUUAAGGUUGUCCUUGAGGGUAUUUGCAUUCUCAGAGACAUUAAACCGGAUAAAGUUCCUGGACAGAAUGAUGAUUACUGGUCACCGUCGAAGCGUCUCCUGGCUGAUCCAUCAUUCCUCGAUAGUCUCAUACAAUUUGAGAAGAAUAGCGUGAAUCCGAGGAUUAUGGAAGUCUUUCAGCAACGCCCAGUCUUGUCCUUUGAUAUGGAAAAAGUAAAAUCAAUCUCCAUGACAUGCGAGCUUCUCUUCAAGUGGGUUAUAGCCGUUGCCAACUACGGAAGGGUCCUUGAGAGUUUGGAACCACGGAAGCAGGCUCUCAUUGAAGCUGAAGCAAUCUACAGUACAGCCAUAGAUUCUCUGAAUAUUAAAUUGGAACAACUGGCUUCGGCGGAAGUCAGUCUUGCUGAUCUUCAAUCACAUCACGAUGCAAAACAGGAAGAGUUCCGGUUGCUUCAGAAUGAAUUUGAAGCAUCCACAAAGAAGCUUCAGCGAGCUAAUGAACUGAUCAACACGUUGGAAAGUGAAAAGGAUGGUUGGAAGGAUAUCGCUGAUACGCUGGAAGCUUCUUUUGACAAGGUAGCUGGAGAUGUUAUAAUAUCAGCUGGGAUUGUGUCCUACAUGGGCAUAUUUCCGGUGGAAUUUCGACGAAAGCUGCUCGAUAUGUGGCUUGAGAAAAUUGAUAGUCUUCAAAUAAAGCACACAGAACCCUUCCGUGUGGAGGAACUUGAGGAUGCUGCCCAAAUACGUCAGUGGACUAUUUGUGGUUUACCAACUGAAGAUCAUCCAAUUGAAAAUGCCAUUAUUAUAAAAUACUCCAAGAGAUGGCCAUUGAUGAUAGAUCCACAGUUCCUGGCUAAUUCUUGGAUAAAGAAUUUUGAGAAGGAGAACCGACUUUGCGUGAUACGCUUCAAUCAGCCAGACUACAAUCGUGUCCUGGAGAAUUCCAUUCAAUUCGGCCUUCCGGUUCUCAUUGAGAAUGUCGGAGAGGAGUUAGAUCCAAUGCUAGAACCCAUUCUCAAGAAACAAAUCUUCAAACAAGGUGGAGUUUAUUGCAUAAAAUUGGGAGAGAAUAUUAUUGAAUUCAACGAAUCCUUCCGCCUCUUCAUCACAACAAAGCUGUACAAUCCCAAAAUUGCUCCGGAUGUUGCAGUUGAUGUUAAAAUUGUUAACUUUGUCGUCACGCGCGAAGGACUCAAUAACCAAAUAGUUUCUGCCACAAUAGGCCGGGAACGUCCGGAUUUGGAGUCAGAAAGGAAUCAAAUUGUCAUGCAGAGAGGAGACACAGAGAAGCAAUUGAGGGAUAUUGAGGAGAAUAUUUUGGAAAUUCUCUCAACGGAAAAGGAAAUCCUGGAGAGUGACAAAGCCGUGCAGACCCUCAGUUCUUCUAAGGUUCUCCUGAGUGAAGUGCAGGAGAAGUAUACGGUGGCAAAGAACACGGAAAAGCAGCUGGAAGAUGGACGUUUGGUUUAUAUGCAAAUUGCUGAUCAUUGCUCAACACUCUUCUUCUCAAUUGAUCACCUCAGCAGCAUGAAUCCCAUGUAUCAGUUCAAUCUCAAAUGGUUCAUCAGCAUCUAUCUCACGGCAAUUGAUAACACUGAGAAAUUGGAUGAUAUCAAUGCUCGUCUCCAGGGACUCAAAAAAUACUUCACAAAGAGUUUCUUCUUCAGCGUUUGCCAGAGUUUAUUCAGCAAGGACAAGAUCGUUCUUGCCUUGAUCCUUUCGGCGAAAAUUAAUGAACUUGACUCAAAGGAAUGGAUGUUCCUGCUAACAGGAGUAACAGCCAUGCAAGAUGAAGCACCAGAGUGCCCUUCUGAGAUUUUUAGCAGGAGAAUUUGGCAAGAAAUAUCCUGCUUGGAAACAUUCCCUGCAUUUCAAGGGAUUGUUGGAGAUAUUUCUGAGAAUCUCGAUAAAUGGGAGGACAUCCUGAUCAAUGAGGAUCCCAUUGAAGUGAUUCCAGAUCCAUGGAAGGAUAAACUAACUGAUUUUCAUAAAUUAAUGCUCAUUCGAUGCUUCAGACGAAAUAUCCUGAUUCACAGCAUUACUGACUUUGUUGAGAAGAGUCUAGGGAGUGCCUUCGUCGAUCCUCCACUCCCUACGCUUGAUUCCUGCUACGAAAUCUCCAACUCUUGCACCCCAAUCAUUGCCAUCCUCGAGAAAGGAUACGACUUCACGGAAUCUCUGCUUAAAUUCGCCAAUCAACGGGGGAUUCCCGAUGACAAAGUGGUGCUAGUGACCCUGGGAAAAGCCCAAGGGGAUAUCGCUGAAUUGUCAAUAGAAGAGGGUAAGAAAUCAGGAGCCUGGGUGGUUCUCCUCAAUUGCCAUCUAGCCAAUAAUUGGCUCCCAACAUUGGAAGGAAUCUGUGAUGCCUUCACAACGGACACGACUCAUCCGGACUUCCGUUUGUGGCUCAUAUCAUUGCCUACAAAACUCUUUCCGCCAUCACUUCUGGAGAAUAGCGUAAAGAUCACGAGAGAACUCAAUGAUGGCCUCAAGAGGAAUCUCACCCAAAAGUUCCACAACUACUCGGGUAAAGAAGACUCCGAGGCAUUCCAGAGAAUCCUCUAUAGGCUCUGCUGCUUCCACAGUAUUAUUCUAGAACGCCAGAACUACCGGGAAAGUGGCUGGAACAUCCAAUAUGACUUCAAUGAUUUGGAUUUAUCCGUUAGCGUGAGGAAUUUGCAAAAAUACUCAGCAGGAAACAUUGAGGAUUUCUCCUUGGAAACUCUCUUUCACGUAAUUGGAUCCUGCAACUAUGGCGAGAGGAUAUCUGAUCCAUGGGAUCAUCGACUCCUUUCAGUUAUCUUCAAGUUUUUCGUUACAAAUCAAAUUACGGACAAAGAAGCUGCAAUGAAUCCUUUCAUCCUGCCAGGAGAUAUUCCUCAGGAGGAGUUUAAGCAAUUUAUCGAUUAUAUCUCCCUCGGGAAUGUUCCUAAUGCCCUCGGAUUGCACAGAAAUGCAUGCAGCGUAAAGGAUACAGAAGAUACUGAGAGACUCCUUGUUACAAUUCUAUCAAUGCAAGAUCGAAGGGAUCUCGUGGAGCUACAUGAGCACAAUUUAGUUGAAGACGUUCAGGAAAAUGUCAUGAAAACUGCGCAGGAAAUUCUCACGAAAAUUCCCCAAACAUUCGACUUGAGAGAAGCUGAAAAUAAGUUCCCUAAAUCCUACGAGGAAUCCAUGAACGUGCUGCUCCUCCAGGAACUCACACAGUACAACCAAUUAAUCAUUUUCAUCGAAGAAGGACUACAAAAUGUCGUCAAGUGCAUUGAAGGUGAGAUUUAUUUUAUUUAA